CACAAUACUCACAUAUUUAUCAUCAACGGUAAAGAGGAUAACGUUUCUCUCUAUCCAUCACCAUGGUGUCCGUCGCCGCCCCUAAACCCUUCCUCUCCACCCCCUUCCUCCACCUCCCCCUCCCCUCCUCCCCUCCCUCCCUCCACAAGCCCCCUCCCAAACCCCUCUCCAUCUCCGCCCUCAUCAUCCCCGGCUCCCGCAACUACAACCAGAGGCAGCCGCCGCAGCAGCCACCGCAGGAGGUCUACCAGCCCUACCGCCCCCCGCCUUCUCCCCUCCCCGCCCGCUACCGCGACCUCGACACCAUGGGUCGCCUCGAGAUCCUCACCCACCGCCUCGGCCUUUGGUUCGAGUACGCCUCCCUCAUCCCCUCCCUCAUCUCCGAGGGCUUCACCUCCUCCACCCUCGAGGAGAUCACCGGCAUCGCCUCCAUCGAGCAGAACCUCCUCGUCGUCGCAAAUCAAGUCCGCGACUCCCUCGUCGAGGCCACCGACGCCGACACCGUCGCCUACUUCAACAACCCCGGCUACCCCGAGAUCCUCUACGAGAUCCGGAUUCUCAACACGCCGCAGCGCGCCGCCGCCGCUCGAUUCAUCAUCACGCACGGAUUUGACGCCAAAAAAGCCGGGGAAUUGGCUAGGUCGAUGAAGGAUCACCCGCGCCGCUGGGAUGAGAGAGGCUGGGAGUUUUUUGACGGAAAUAUCCCUGGGGAUUGCUUGGCUUUUAUGCUUUUCCGCCAGGCGCACGAGCAUAAAACGGCGUCGUCCCCGGAUUGGACUGCGCAGGCUUUGGAGAAGGCUCUGGAAAUGGUGGAGACGGAGCGGGCGCGGCUCAGAGUGCUCGAGGAUUUGGAAGGGAAGGAGGAUGAGGAUGUAGUUGAGGAUGAAUUGGCACAGGCGCUGCGCGUGCCGGUUGUUCGGCUGGUGUACGGGGAGGUGGCGGAGUCGACUUCGGUGGUUGUGCUUCCCGUGUGCAAGGCGGAGGGGAGGGAGAUGGAGCUGCAGGAGGCGCCGUGGGAGUGUGGAAUGGGAGGGAAUUUCGGGAUCGUGGAGGCGGAGAAGAGCUGGAGUGGGUGGGUGGUGCUGCCGGGGUGGAUGCCGAUAGCAGGGCUGAACAGGGGGGGAGUGGCGGUGAGGUUUGAAAAGGCGAAAGGAGUGCUGCCGUGGAAGGAUAAGAGGAAGGAUUUGAAUGAGGAGAUAUUGGUGGUGGUGGAUAGAGGCCAGAAGGAGGUGGAAGCGGAGGAUGGGUUUUAUCUCGUGGUGGGAGGUGGCAACGGGAGCGGCACCGAGGCCUUGAAGGUGGAGAGAGGCGUCAAGUUGAAGGAAACCGGGGUGGAGAAGAGCCUCGGCAUGGUGCUCUUGGUGGUCCGGCCGCCUAGAGAUGACAUUGAAGAUCAAUUGGUUGAUGACGACUAGGUCAUGAGAUGUAAUAUUUUGAAGGGGUGUCACAGCUUUGAAAGAUAAGAUAGAUAUCCAUAUUGUUUUGUAAUACAAUGAAACUUUGUUACAAGUGAUAAUCAAAGGAGAACUUAUGUUGAUUGCUACCAA